GCCAUUUCAACAAUCACAAUGCAUGGAUUGUAUGCCAAAAAUGAAAUCAUUAAAGCACAAAACCAGGCACCCAUUUGAUUGUUUUAAUGGAUCAUCCCAUCCCACAAUUUAGAAAAGGCUGAGCUACAAAGACGUGGGAAGUGGAACAGGGUGGCGAAGGAUCAGAUAAGAAAAAGCAUGAAGUAAAAAUUGAAGGUUUCCUUUAAUGGUGGAUUGAUUGAAGAGAGUUUCUUUUAACGAAGUGUUAAACUCCAGAGGUGAUCAAUAGACUAAGAUGACAUCGAAUGAGCCAGUUGUAUGUAUUGAGUGAGUUUUAAUGGAAUAGAAACAGAAAAACUAAAGACAGACAGUGUAACAGGAAGUUUUAUAGUAAGCAAACUUGCUAAACAUGGCGAUGGGUUCCUUGUGCAAGUUUUAGAAGAGUUUGGUUCGAAAACAACAAUACUUCUUCAUGAAGCAAAGAGUAUGCAAGGAUGGAGGUCUGCCAGCAAGUUCCAGUGUGAGUAGAGUUGUUUAAUCUACCAAUUUUAGAAGAAACCAAGACUAUGUCUAGGGAGGUUUUGAUGGAAUAGAACUGGUUCUCUGUUGAGCUUAUCUGAAAGACAACUGAUAUAUAAUCAGUAUUUUCCAAUAGAAACUAUGAAAACUAAUGAGCUUUUGAAGAUCAGAGGCAGUAUUCGCAAUUUGCUGGUUUUCGCAGCUGUAGUAGUCUCACUCUUGCUUUUUAAUAGUUGGUCAGAUGAGUUAUGGAAGGUCAGACCACCGAAAUUUUAUCCAAAAGGAAUGGCAGACUCUGCCCUCUUCCACGGAAGACACGAGACCAAAGAAAUGCUCAAUUGCUCUUCCAAGGCUGUUUGCACUUCUUCGUCUUUUUCAUCAAAAUCAUUGUUUUCCAAAGUUAUGAACAAAAACUUUGAUGAUGAUAGAGCAGAAUCCUGCCCAUUCUAUUUCAAGUGGAUUGUUGCAGAUCUCUGGCCCUGGAAAGAGUCUGGAAUCACAUUGCAGCUAGUUGAAGAAGCAAAGGAAGUGGCAUCUUUCAGGCUGAUGAUUGUUAAGGGAAGGUUGUUUACUGAGAUCUAUCACAAAUGUUUCCAAACAAGGGAUCUUUUUACCAUAUGGGCAUUUUCUCAGUUGUUGAAAAAGUAUCCUGGUAUGGUUCCUGACUUGGACCUGAUGUUCAAUUGCGAAGACAAACCUCUUAUUAGUAGGUUUGAUGACAAGAAUAAUCAGACCAGGAAAAACCCCACACCUCUGUUUCACUACUGUGGGCACCGAGAUUUUUAUGAUAUUCUGUUUCCAGAUUGGUCUUAUUGGGGAUGGCCGGAGAUUAGGAUCCCACCAUGGGAAGUUUUGAUCAACGAAAUCCAAAAUGGAAACCAACAAGUAAAGUGGGCUGACAGAGACCCAACUGCAUAUUGGAAAGGAAAUCCAAAGGUUGCAGAUGUUAGAAUGGAACUUCUCAAAUGCAACAAAAUAUCCAAUUGGAACGGUCACCUUGUUGUUCAGGACUGGAAAAAGGAGUCUGAAAAAGGCUUUGAAAAUUCCAAACUGUCUGACCAGUGUAAGAACAGAUACAAGAUAUACGUUGAAGGCAACGCAUGGUCAGUGAGCCUAAAGAAUAUUAUGGCAUGCGACUCGCCAACCUUGUUAAUAACUCCAGAGUAUUAUGAAUUUUUUCAACGAGGCCUUGUUCCCUAUAAACAUUAUUGGCCUGUAAGAUCUGAUACAAUGUGCGAUUCCAUCAAAUUUGCUGUAAAUUGGGGAAACAAUCACAUAAAAGAGGCAAUUGAAAUUGGCAGGGCAGGGAGUGAUUUCAUGUUGAAUGAGUUGAAAAUGAAUUAUGUUUAUGACUACAUGUUCCAUGUUUUAAGAGAAUAUGCCAAGCUAUUGAAAUAUAAGCCAUUUGUUACCCAAAAUGCUGUUGAGUAUUGUUCCGAAGCAAUGAUAUGUUUUGCCAAUGAAGUAGAAAAGCAAUACAUGGAGGCUACAAUGGUCACAGAUCCUAGUCCUUCACCACCAUGCCAAUUGAGAGAGGCACAUACAAAUGAUCAAGCAAUUUAUGAAUACAUAAAACAGUAUAAAGAAAGAAUCCUUAAUGUUGAAAGGAUGGAAGAGAAAGAAUGAGCUCAAAACCCUUAAUACUUCUAGCAUGCCAGUCCUUUGUCUUACGAUGCAUAAGGAGUUUCAUAUCACCCGGUAGAACUUCUUCUCUUCAGUUGCGAUGAGUCUCAUUGAAUUAUUUGAAUAAAAGGAAUGAGUUUAAGUGUAAGUCUUAAAAGAUUUUGCCAAAAUACUUCUCUUCCUCAUAGAUGGCAUCUAGUCAAACGAAAGUGCAAGCUUUAUUGGGAGAGAUUCAUGCCACCUACUAGAACUCUUCUUCAAUUGUGAUGAGUCUCAUUGAAUGAUUUAAAGUUUAAACAAAAGGGGGAUGAGUUUAAGUGUAAUUCUUAAGGGACUUAAAAUAAUUAUCUUCCUCAUAGUUGGCAUAAAGAAAGUGCAAUCCCUUAAUUUAUUGGGAGCCUUAUGAGUUC